AAAUGCAGGAAAAGAACAAUGUUGUAGGUGAAAAUUGUCCAGCCAGGUUUCACCACUGGACAGAACAUGCCCCUGGCUUCAUUGUGCUUAUUGGAGCAGUUUCUUAACAUCUGUUCUCUAUCCUCAUUUCAUACAAUCUCUGUUCCUACACAAGAGAUGGAGGAGUGGCAGUCUGUGGGUCCUGGAGGUGCCUAGGAUAACCACUUGUAUUUCUGAAAGGACUCCGAGCUUUUGGGGUUGGAUUUGUUUUCUUUCAGCGCUGAGGGAGACCACAUACUCCUUCACAAGAAAGCAAACAAAAUGGGAUAAAACUGGAAUGACUAAAAGUGAAGAAGUAGAAAUAUGUAUGGUAAAACACUUUCGAGUAGAUCGAGAGGAGAAAUACGAAGUAGUUGAAAAGUGGUUUCUGAAAGAUCUGGAGAUGAUUGAUGGAAAAGAAGCAGAUACUGAUAAUCCAUAUUUUGAUAUGCACUUCCACAAAGUCUACAGUUUGGAGGCAUAUAGUUGUGCAUCUAAAUAUACCUUUGCUCGAACGCUAAACAAACUGAAUGAAAUGUACCUUAAAAAGGACUUGAAGAUUGUGAACUUUGAUGACACCUACCUAAAUGAUGAUUCAAUCUGGUCAUCCAACAAUAGGGAUUGCUUAGUACUUAUGAGGAUAUGCUUCUAUGCUUCCAACCUUUUAUGUCUCUCCCUGUGUCCCUUGUCCUGAAGAUGCAUUUUGUAAUGUUAAAGGUGACUGGUUGAUUUUCACUGACCAGCAUUUCGUAAAUCAUCUGUUGAAAAAGACAGCAAGUGAUGUGCAGCAUCUGCUUCUUAAUUUAUGCAUCUAAGUCCAAAAUGGAACAUACUUUUUAGAUAUAUAAAUGAAUGGUCAAUUGCUUAUGUUAGCAGGGCCUUACUGGCAAGUACAAAUAUAUGUGACUCAACAAAGGGACAGUGAUUCUUAUGUAAGCAGAGUUCAGCAUUUGCUCAUCGUUUAUGGAGUUAUAAAUUAUUCUUCAUGAAUUGCUAUAAAUAUUUUUUUUAAAUAUUUUAAGAGCAUUAACAGUUCAUAUACUUCCUGGAAGUAGAAAAAUAAAGCAAACAAAUGAGUUCUGUACAAGAACAAUGCACAUUUCCAUUUUCAAAUGUGUUGAAAUACAGAACUUUGUUAAAGAGAUCACAUCUACAUAAAUACACAAAUACAAAUACUCAUCCUUAUGAAUUGGAGUUUUGCAUUCAGGUACCAGGGACCAGCUUUUCACUUGUAAUUAUUUCCCCCCCAGAACAUCUAGUAUUCCCUUUGGUCUUUCCAUUUUUUGUGAGGCUGUCACAGAAACAUAAAAUGGAUGUUCUUAACCAGAACUGUUUUUUGUCAGACCUUUCAGGCCUUUUUUGUUUUAUAUCAUUAAUGUCUUCUUUCUUGCAAUUUGUUGUUUUAUGUGCAUGAACAGACCUGGUUAUGGAACAGAAACUGAUUGUUUAUGUCUCUUCUCUGCCUCAGGACCAAGAAUUAACAAAAUACUACAGGAUGUCCUAUGUAAACAGUAGUUGUUGGCAAUUAGUUACAGUUACUUUAUGGGCAAGUGAUAGACUUUUCAAAAUUCAUGGAAUUAUGAGAGUAAUUUUCAGCAGUUUCUAGCUAUGUGUUAGCAUAUUCAGUGUACUACUUAAAUGUGUAUUAGUACUUACAGUUGCAUUUAAUGUGGGGUGGAUUCUACUGAGUGGUUGGGAAGAUCUCACCCAUAACAAAAAAAAAAAACAAAAAAAAAAACAACAGCUGACAGUAUUAUAUUACAGUAGAAACAGAAGAUGAAUUAAAGCUGUAUUGACCAAGAGCUGCAGAAGAACACUGCCAAAAAGCAGCAUGGUGAUAUUGUUCUGUGUCAGUCAGCUAAGCUAGCUAGCUGCUUCUCCCAUAGUCAACAGAGAAAGAAAUGCCAAACCAAAAGGUGAUUCUGAGAAACUUUUGGUCAGAACUUCCAGCAGGAGAAAACUUUUCUCUUUUGGCAGCCUACAGAGCACAGAGAAACUAGCUCUGGACUAAACCAGCUAAGUACCUAAAGCUGACGAAUGUAAAUAGCUCCCAGAAAAUCACAAGUUGGUUACUGCCUUCUCUGAGUACCUGGCAUUGUAAAGUGGGCAAGGAUACCACGGCAUGGACUUCACUGUUGCCUUUCACAUGGACUCCCACUUUUAAAAACAUGUAAAUGUACUUCAGAUUCAAAAUUGAAAUAAAAUCAAGUAAGUGAGAAUAUAUUUGAAAAACUGUAUAAAAUGUACAGCUUUCUACUUUACUUUUUAAGUGUUAACCUAGUGCUUGUAUAUAGAAAGGCUAUAUAUUUGAUUACCUAAUCUUAAGAAGUUAUAUAUUUAUUCUAGGCGUGUGAUGUAAAUUGCAUACAUUCUCAUACAAAAUAUUUGUGUAUAUCUUGACCGUCAUGAUGGCAGUUUCUAUGGGUUAAUACAAAUCUUCUGCAAUUUUGAAGGACUUAAGUCUUUUAUUUGUCACCUAAAUAUUGUUAGAGAGAAGGGCUGCAUUUAUAGUAAUAAUUUAUGAAAUGUAGUUGUUCUUUGCAGAAUGUCUUUGGUAUAAUCCAGUCCAAGUACGUGUGUUUUAACAUUUGAUCCAUCGCUACAAAAAGUAUUUGCCUAAUGCCCAAGCUCCACAAAAACAUUUUUAAGAGCAAGUAUAAUUCAGAAUACUGUUAUAUAUGACACAUUGUCUUGUUUGGGCUGUGUAUUAUUGUAAAGAUCACAAUAUUUUCAGUAAUGUUUACAAGGUCUUUGCUUAACAGGUGCAAAAAAUUCUUCUCUGGGUGGAAAAGCUCCCAUCGUUGGUCUUGUAAUAAAAUAUAUAGAACCUCUAAUAAAAAACACCUCACUUUUUUUUUUGAAAUAAACUACAGGUGGUGACUUCCUGACCAAUAAUUGUCCUGUAUCAUGUUAGAAACUGAUUAGCUAAAAAUGACUAUAAUGUUCAAACAUAUUUAAUGGACUUGUGUAAGUAGUUCAUAUCUUCCUGUUCUUGUUACUGUAUAAACAUUAAAUUGAUUAUAUCAGAAGACAAAUAAGCCUGCAUUUUAUGUGGAAUAAUAUACAACUCAGAUCUUUUUGCCAUUUCUUCCGUCCGAUAACAUCAUAUUUCAGAUAUUCUUUACUAAGUGAUCAGAAAGGAGAAAAAAGGAACACUGUCUAUAUAAAUGAUUUCAGGUAGCAUCAAAAGGAAAAAAUAUUGAUAGAGAUCUUUGUGGACCUAAUCUAGGGCCUUUUUGCAUUUCCACAAUUCUUCAUAAAAUGCCAAAUAUCAAGGCACUGUGCAAGUGCUAGACUGACAUAGUCACGCUAUGGAAAGUCUUCGUCCUCAAGUGCUGGAGACUGUCACUGUGGUUAGUACAGCACAGCUGCACCACAGGAGAUAAAGACUAUGCUAAAUUAUAAAUGGAAAAGACCUGACAGGCUAAAUAGCCCAUCUUUCAAUUAAGGCAAAAUUGUUUCCUACAUCACACUUCCUGACAUUGGAUAUACAGAAUGCAGUUUGAAAUAUAAUAUCUGGGGAUUCAUCUGCUUCUCCUGGAAGACUUUUCCAAAAUUGAUUAGGAAGAAACUUACAGGAGUAAAGGAUUAUCACAAAUGCAUUUGUAGCUUUCUUAUAAAAGGUUUCAACCAAACUGUGAAGUGAAUUAAUACUUGAGAUUGUGGAUAUAAAGUGGACUUCACGUUCAGAACACAGGAAUUGUUACCAGCCAUAUCUGUUCCAGAGAGGAAAAAAAAAAAGAGAGAAAAAAAAAAAGGCAACCUGAAAAUGAAGAAGAUAAUGAGCAAAGGAAACUUCAUGCGUACUUGUUUAAGAGGCAGAGAGAGAACAUAGCCUGUCAUAAAAGACAUGUGAUGUUCUUUGUCCUAAGUGUAUUAUUAAUUCUUUAAAUAAUAUCAGAAUUAAGAACACAGAGAAACCUGUGACAAAAGAAUUCAUAUUUUGUAUGUAGCUUUUAUCAAUAUCUGUUUGUCUUCUUUUUCCAUACAUUAAAAAAAUAUAUAUAUAUCAUUCAGAUAAGAUUGUUCUGUAUCAACAAAAAUACACUGGUGAGGUUCCACUGGAGUUCAUGGAUUUCAGAUAAUUUUUACCAUCUAAGACUCAUAACCUUGUAUUUAAGCAGACAAACUCUUUUCCUGUUGGUUCAUCUUUCACUGAUUACUAAUCUUUUCCAGCAUCUUAAGUUAAACAAACAGAUAGUAUGAGCAGUUACUUGUCAUUAAGUUGGUGACUUAACUUUCUAUUCCUUCCUGCCCCCGGCUGACAGGUCUAAAACCAGUAAAGCGCAGUCUUUGAUCAAGGCAGAUUUUUUAAAACAUUUGGGAAGUGAAGCAGACCAGGGAGGGGAGCAUAUUCUGAACUGUGCCUCCCGUGUUAUUUCUCUUUCUUGUUCUCCGUUGUAUAUUGGAGUCAUACAUACCCACAUCUUCCCAGUGAAAGCCUAUACUACUUCUUUCCUUGUCGUCUUACCUAUUCCCCAAUACUUUCUGUCACUCUCAGAAUAUAAAUUUAUCUUUUCCCUGUAAAAUGGGGGAUUGUAUUACAUAAUUAGUAAUAUGCAACUUCAGAAUAUUUUCUCCUGAGUUAAAGUUAGGAUUGGAAGAGAAAGGCCCUUUCUCAAAGCAUCUGUGGAAGCUGAAAUAGGAAGGGAGAGAAUGGCACUGUGCAUCCUGUAAGAUGAUCUCAUGUCUGUUUUAACAUGUGUAAACACAUGUAGCAUUAACAAACAAUGCUUUG